AUGCGUGAAAAGGUUGUCCCAAUUCCAUUUUUAGGUAAAGAGGUAUCCGCUUGGCUUUACCGUACAACACGUUGGGUUCGAGAACAUCCUUACCGGGCUACUGGGGUGGUAUUUCUUGCUGCUGCUGGUAGCAUUUUCUAUGAAGUCAACGUGACACACAAGAAUCGUAUUCCUUCUCCUAAUGUUAACAAUCAUCUUGAGUAUGAACUUCGGCAUGAUUCUGGGUUUAUGAGUCAAGCGAAGGAUGAUAAGAUGAUGUCAGGGGUAUCACACCAGGUGGGUGUCCCUGUGGUAAAUAGUAAAGAUUCUCUUAAUGUAGAUGAAGAAGAGCAGAAGCGUACUGUAGCGAUGGUGAUGGGACGAGUUGAGGAAUUGGAGAAGCUUCUCAGUACAACAGAAGAUUCGGAAAAGCGAGCAGAGCUUCAGCGUAUUAUUGAUGAAGAAAAGGAAAAUUUGAAAAAGGUUGGCAAUACAACAAUGAGAGUGACAAGUGGUCAAUUGUAUGUUCGUGAACCACAUUGGGGUAUAAGAAAUAAUGAACGUAAUUGGACAAUAUUGGCGCGUGACCAGCAACAACAAAAGGAUCAUUACUGGUAUCGCUUAGAGCGAAGUCGUGAAGAUGACUUUGCGAGGAAUACAUAUUCUCGCUCAUGA